AUGGCCGGUCUGGAACCUGUGUCUAGACGCCAGACGCGCCCUCCCUACUGGUCCGGGUGGGACCCACUCAGCAAGUGUCCCGAGCAGCAUAUCCCAGAAAGUAUACCGGAAAACUAUCACUCACCUUUGGCAAUCACUCUCCCCAGUCUCUGUCGAAUCUUUUUUGUCUGGUUGGUGACUCCGAUGGCAAUUUGUCGUUCACCAUACGUCAUCCGGAUCAAAUGUCCACGGGACCAUUCGCGUUACUUCGAUCACAGGUACCGCGAGAAGGUGGCCUCGGCGGGAUGUUCCGGGUGCGACAUCCUUCUGGGACUGAGGGGCGGCGUGUUGCGGCGCCUCUGCUGGCUGCUCGUCGUCGCGUUCCUGGUUGGCCUGACGCUGCGCGAGUGGGCUCGGGUGUUCGGCGAGUACGACCAGUACAGGGUCUACACCAGCGUUCAUUACGACACGCAGGCGUCGCUACCAUUUCCCGACGUGACCGUGUGCAACGUGAACCCCCUUAGGAGGUCCGCGCUCUGCAAGGACCGGCAGUUGGCGCGACGCGAGGGUCUCCCCGACAGAGUGUGGUGGCGGGAGUGUGCGGAGCCGGCCACCUACUACGAGCCCAACCUGGAAGACGCGGCGCUGCAGUCGGAACUUUGGCUGUGGAUGGCGCGCAAAAAACGCCUCAACCGGAGCGUUGUGCGAACCAUGGGACAUCAGCUGCGCCACAUGCUUAUCGGGUGCCGCCUGGGCAACAACGACUGCAUGCAGGCACGGUUGUUCCGGAGGCGCCUGGACUCCCGGUAUGGCAACUGCUUCUGCCUCAACUGUCAUGGGCAGGAGCAGCACAAUGCCUCCAUCUUCAACUACCACACCGUCUCGGCGCCGAAUGCCGGCCUGACGCUUACGCUAGACGUACAGCCACAGGAGUACCUGCCUACCAGCACUGCGAUGGGUUUCUUGGUCAUGGUGCACGGACGCGGCUUCAGGGCGGACCCAUGCGGCGACUCCGUCUUUGCCCAGCCUGGUUACAUCACAUACAUCGGCCUGAGACAGGGGAGGCGCACAGCACUUCCCGAGCCAUAUCAACCUCCAUGCAGGGACACCUGGCCAAGUAAGCUGAAGCACUACCUGCAGAACACCACACGGUACACUCGUGAGGACUGCAUGAAGAUCUGCCACCAAGAGAUGAUCCGCUACAAAUGCAAGUGCGAGUCCCAGAACUUGCCCUUUUCUUCGCGCGAUGACCGUCUGAAGACGCCCGUUUGUGGAGAAAAACACUGGGAAUGCGUUCGCCAAGUCCGUGCAAUCAUGGACCUGCCGUAUGUGCAGCGAUACUGCCGCUGUUUUCGGUCCUGCAUUGACGUCGACCACUACAAAGAACUCUCUUUCGCCGCCAUGCCUGAGGAAUUUCAUAGCAACCAAACAACUGUACGAAAACGUUUUCUAGCCCAGGUGGUGGUCUACUACAAGACGCUUACGUUUGAGAGCGUAGCCUCGGUUCCGAAGUAUGACUUGAACCGAGUGCUGAACAGCUUCUGCGGCAUCAACGGCAUGUGCCUGGGCAUCUCUUUCUUCAUGUUCUUCAGCAUGCUAGACGCGAUCCUCCAGGCAUUGGUGUCGUGCUGCAGAUCGCGCUGUGAUCGUCGCCCAAGCCAUCAGACGAGCGCUGGCGUCAAGCUUCACGCCCUACCAGAGAUAAUGGGCUUUUGUUUGUGAAUUGCAAUCAGGGCUGUAAGGC